UUCGAACAGGCUAUUUUAUGAUUUACGAUUUAUUCGUUGAAAAGCUGAAAAGAAUGUUAACCAAGCAAAUCAGAAUUAAAGGCCGCAGUGUAUCAGUAUUGAUUACGAAGUUUGAAGUACGAUAUAGGGAGAAAUACGUUUUUACUCCCACGUAUAUUGACCACGCAUAUGUAUAGUAUGCCGUGACCAUGGCUAUGACUUUUUUAAUCAAUUCACAACUGAAUUUCUUACUCGAUUCCGUCUUGUACACUCAAUAAAUUAUGUUCUUUUUUUAUUUUAAUUCGAUCGCGCGAUGAUCGUUUCGUUUCGUUUUGAUUGUCACGAUUCAAUAUUGACAGUCUUCGUGACUACGAAGAUAAAGUGUAGUAGCAAGCGAAAUACAGUGAGUUAAAUCAUUUGGAUAGCACAGGUGUCUGUCUCGCAGCUACACUAAAAUUAUAAUAAAAAUCUAACGGAGUACUUACUUUGCUUUCGAUUAUCAUUAGAAAAUGAAUAACGUGUGCAUUUAUCUAUGUACGCAUGAUGCGUCUUCUGAUACGCGAUUUUAACCUGCAUCUAACGAUUGCAAUAAUUUAAUUGAGUGUACAUAUCUUGUUUGUUUCCUACAUUAAAUGUAAAAUACAGAAAAAAAAUAUAUAUAUAUAUUUAUUGUAUGAUAUUUAUAAAGUGAUAUGCGUUUGAAUAAGUAUAAAUACAAGGAAAAAGUGAAAAAUGCCUGGAGAACCACCUAUGACCAGUGGGGGUAAAAGCUCAGGAAAAAUUAAACGCAUCUCAAUCCCAAGAGUGCAAAGCAGUACAGAUACAGAAUUGCAAUCGCAAAGUGGAUCAACCCCGUUGCAACCAACUGCGCUUCAUUAUGGAGCUUUUCGCACGGACCCUGACGACGGUGUACUACCACCGGCACUACGAUGUCGACUUUUUGAACUGUUCCAGCAAAUAGAAAAAGAAUUCGAGGCCCUUUACACGGAAAAUCUGUCUUUACAAGAGAAGAUAGAUACUCUUAAUGAGAGGCUUGAGAGAGAAUGUUAUGGUUCUGGAGAACGGAAUUUACCUAUCGGAGAUGUUGCAGACUUUUCAGAUACAAAAGGUCUUUCCAAACAAAAAUUAUUGGAACGAUACCUGUUUGCAGCUAUGGCAGGGAAUACAGCACAGAAAACUAAAACGACUUCUCAUAAGUUGAAAGUUCAAACCAGUAAAAUAGUCUCCAGUUUCAAGACCCCGACUAUGUCAUGUAGCAUGCAAAGGGAAUACAUUGGCCAUCGCGACGGUGUCUGGGAAGUGUCCGUCGGUAGAUCGGGUCAGAUCAUUGCUACAGCCUCCGCUGAUCAUACUGCUAAAGUUUGGGCCGUCGAUAGUGGACGUUGUCUAUUGCAAUACAUCGGACAUUCGGGUUCGGUUAAUUCCGUACGUUUUCAUCCUACCAAAGAAUUGGCACUCACAUCAAGCGGCGACGAUUCCGCUCACGUGUGGCAAGCCGCUGUUGAUUGGGAUUUACCCAAAAGACAGAACUCUGCUGAAGAUCUUUCAGGCUUGAGUUCCGAGAGAAAUCUCAGUGGCGUGGUUCCCAUGAACGAGGAGCAAGAAGAACCACCCACGCUAAGGACACCGGUACGAGAAUUAUUAGGUCAUACAGGCGUCGUGAUGGCUGCAGAUUGGUUACCCGAUGUAGAGCAAGUGGUCACUGCUUCGUGGGAUAGAACCGCUAAUCUUUACGACGUCGAGACCGGAGAAAUCAUCCAUACUCUGUGUGGACACGAUCAAGAACUUUCUCACGUAUCGACGCAUCACACUCAACGGUUGUGUGUUACCUCGAGCAAAGACAGCACCUUCCGUCUGUGGGACUUUCGGGAACCCAUUCAUUCGGUUUCCGUUUUCCAAGCACACACCGAUAGAACUGUAACCUCCGCCGUUUUCACGCGCGAGGAUAAAAUCGUUUCGGGUUCGGACGACCGAAGCGUGAAGGUAUGGGAGCUACGGAACAUACGGAGUCCUUUGGCUGUAAUCCGCGGCGAUAGCGCGGCUAAUCGGUUAGCUGUAUCGAGCAGCGGUACCGUUGCGAUACCGCAUGAUAACAGGCAAAUUCGACUGUUCGAUCUUAAUGGACAACGAUUAGCCAGAUUGCCUAGAACUAGUAGACAGGGUCACCGGCGGAUGGUCUCAUCGGUAGCCUGGGCAGAAGACAGCGGAGUCUGUAACUUGUUCUCUUGCGGUUUCGAUCGAUUAGUCCUUGGAUGGAGCAUUGUGCCUCUCAAGGAAUGUUAAAUAUGUAUAUUACGAGAGUAUUUAAUUAGUUUAGGUAUUAACUUAAACCUCACUGUUAUCGAAUCAAAUUGUAUCGAGAAUAAACGAUUAAAUGAA